UGCAAUCAAAAGAGGAAUUCCGAUGUAUGUAGAGGUUGCUGUUGUAGAUGCUCAUGAAAAUCCACUGAGUGAUCAGAUAGUUGAAUUGCAACUAAAUGGAGUAACUCUUAAGAAUCUGACCACAAAUGCCAAUGGCACAGCCCAGGACUUCAUUGAUACAUCUGAUCAGGAUAAAUCACAGAUCAGUAUCGAGGUCAGUUACAAGAACUCUGAAGAAUGUCACGACCCCAACUUUAUUACUCCCACUUAUUCCAAUGACUUCUACACAGCCGAACGGUACUAUUCUCCAUCUGCAAGCUUUGUGCAUAUAGAAGGACCCAAAGAGGAGCUUCAAUGUGGGCAAACAUAUACUCUUACUGCCAAGUACAUAUUUGGCCGUUCAGGCCUUCAAGAAGGGGAAACCACCGCAGAUUUCAAAUACAUAAUAAUGUCAAGGGGAAAGAUUAUGAGGUUUGGAACUUUCUCAGCAGAUCUGACCAACUCUCUGAAAGGAGAAUUUACAAUCCCCGUAGAGGUAACUGUAGACCUUGUUCCGGUUAUUGACAUUGUUGUCUACUGCACAUUGGAGAAAGAGGUUGUGACACACACCCUUCGCCUCAAUACUGAAAAAUGCUUCAGGAACAAGGCAUCCUUGCAUUUCUCAGAAGAAAGAGCAAAACCCGGUUCCACUAUUAACUUGAACAUUACAUCAUCACCAAACUCUCUUUGUGCCAUGAGGGUCUAUGAUUCAAGUCUUCAGUUUCUCCGCCAAGAAAACCUUCUCACACCUGAAACGGUGUAUUCAUCUCUACAAUACAAUAGUCUGAAUGGAUACUAUUUUGAGGGGUACAACGUAGCUCCACAAGACCCUCCUUGUGUUGAUGGUAGUAAACAAUACCUGAUUGAUGGUUUGUACUAUUCACCUGUUGAGUCCCCGAAUGAAAGAGACACCUUUGAGCAGUUAAGCAGCGUCGGCUUGCAUUUUAUUACAAGUAUAAGAUUGAAAAAACCUACCUUGUGUGGUGGAUCAAUUUUUGUCAACAACAAUUUUAGACGGCCCGGACUUGCAUUUGAUUCCUCCUCAUUUGCGUCAGAAAGUUCGUCCUUCAGCAUCCUGAAUAGCCCUAACAUCCUGAAUAGCCCUAACAUCCCGGGUGGUGAGAUCCGAAGUGUGCGGACAAUCUUUCCUGAAGUGUUGCUCUUUAGUCAAGCGCAAACUGAUGAAAGUGGUUCACAGUCAGUGGCAGUGGAGGUACCUGGCACUAUCACUAAAUGGAAUGGUGAAAUAGCCUGCAUGGAUUCUAACACUGGAUUUGGAAUGAACACAUCCCCGACCAGCUUCACAUCCUUCCAGGAGAUGUUUGUAGAUGUUGCUCUUCCUUAUUCCUUACUCCGAGAUGAGACUGUAGUUCUAAAUGCUGUAGUGUCAAAUUUUAUGGACAAGAGUGCUAAGAUUCGUGUAACAGUAGCGCCUUCUGCUGACUACACAGUAGAAUCACUGGAUGAGGAACUAGUCAAAUGUGUUUCUUCUGGGGGAAGAGCUUCGUUCUCCUUCAGCAUGAAAGCCCAAGCAAGCGACAUCAUAUCAGUCAAUGUAACUGCAGAAACGGUUGGAAUUGGAGAUUCAUGUGACAAUCCCGAUCCCAAUGAGCCCGCGCGUAUAGAUACCGUCUUACAUUCAGUCAUUGUAGAGCUGCCAGGCAUUCCCAAAGAAGAAACCAAGACCUCCUUAGUUUGUGUACAAGAUUCAACUACAGAGACUCCCGUAAGCAUUUCACUUCCUGCAAAUUCUGUGGAGGGUUCGGUAAAAGCAACAGUUACAGUAAUAGGAGACCUUGUGGGUCGUGCGAUAGUCAACCCACAGUCUUUGACCAAUGAGCCCACAGGAUCUGGUGAACAGAAUGUCGCCACCUUGAUGCCAAUACCUGUAGUUCUUCAAUACAUGAAUAUAACCGGGCGCCUGACGGAGGAGGCUAGAUCCCGAAGCGUGGAGUUUAUGGGGAUUGGUUACAGGAGGCAGCUGCGCUUCCGAAAUUUUGAUGGAAGUUUCAGCUCUUUUGCAGGAGGAAAAUCCAGUUCAUGGUUGACUCUACGGACGCUGGAAACGUUUCAGUCCAUUGAGCCGUACACCUUGGUAGAACCCAAAAUAGUUAACCAAGCCUUGGUGUAUCUAGAAGGACUGAUGGAUCGGAACACUGGGGCUUUCAAACCUCAAGGGUCUCCGAUUAACAAUGCCCUGAUGGAAGCUAGGUGA